UCACACUUCUGUGGCUCGGGAGAAGGCCCAGUAUCGAACGUCAACAACGCGAGCAGGACAAUCCGGAGAUGAGGAAUAAAAUCUCCUAGAAACCGUCCGCAGCAUCCAGGAGCCGGCGGUGCGCAAAGUGCGGGCGCAGCGCUACGAGUCGGGAAGCGGAACGCGGCGCCGAGCGCGUUUCCAAUCAGACGCUCUUUAAUAUUGAUCGCGGCGUGGAGGAGGCAGCCGGCGAACGGGAGCUUUACGGCAGCGCCUACCUACGGGAGCGACAUCAUAGAUUUCCUGCGCUAUCGCAGCAGCGGGAGGGGGAGGGGGGGGGGAGGAGGGGGAGCGCUGAUUCACGGCUCGCAAGAGGAGGGAGAGCCCCGCGGACUGGCUCAGGAGCUCCGUCUCUACCCAGGGUGCAACUUUAAAAUACCGACCCCCUCACUACCUCCACCACCACCCCCCCUCGUCUCCUCCCCUCGUCAUUGACAGCUCCGCGACCCGGUCGAUCCGUCAGACGGGGAGGAUCUGGGAGGAGGGCGACGCGGCUGGAGAGGACGAAAGGCGAUCACCUCUGCUCGGUUUGAUCCAAUCGCCAAUAACCGAGCGGGCCGGGGACCUGCCCCUCCGUGCACGAGGACGGCGGCGCCGCUUCGCCCCGGGGGUUCUGUUCCGAGGAGCACGUUUCACCCCAGAGAUCCACACGGCGAGACUAUUCUGAGAGCCCGGUCGGAACGUCAACACUGAGACCGGGGGCGGCCAGGAGAUAUUUCGCAGCCUCUACCAAAACCCCCCGGAAUAUACAUCCAGGUGGCGAGUGGAGGAAAAGCAUAGCCCAGGGCUGGAUCCCAGAGGGACUCUCCGCGUGCUAAGGACCCUUGAAACGAAGAAGGGUGCAUGGAGGGCUCACGGCCUGUGAGGCCAGGGUCAUCAGCCUGCCUGUGGUUGGGGCUGGUCUCUGUGGCUGUAGCCUUUCUUUGUACCGAGGCCCGGACCACUCCGAGCCCCCUGCUCAGCUCUAGCAAUGCCACUUGUGCGGGGAACUCUAAGUGCCAGGCGGGGAUCAUCCUGCCCAUCUGGUAUCCCGAGGACCCCUCCAUGGGAGACAAGAUUGCGAGGGUCAUUGUGUAUUUCGUGGCCCUCAUCUACAUGUUUCUUGGCGUGUCCAUCAUCGCAGACCGCUUCAUGGCAGCCAUCGAGGUCAUCACCUCCCAGGAAAGGGAGAUUAUCAUUAAAAGGCCCAAUGGGGAGACGACCACGACUACGAUCCGGGUGUGGAAUGAAACCGUCUCAAACCUCACCCUCAUGGCCUUGGGCUCGUCCACCCCCGAGAUUCUGCUUUCUGUAAUUGAAGUGUGUGGGCAUGGGUUCAAGUCUGGGGAGCUCGGACCCUCCACAAUUGUGGGCAGCGCAGCGUUCAAUAUGUUUGUCAUCAUUGGCCUGUGUGUGUCAGUGAUUCCUCAAGGAGAGGUACGCAAAGUCAAACACCUCCGGGUGUUUUUUGUCACAGCGGGCUGGAGCAUCUUCGCUUACAUUUGGCUCUAUAUGAUCCUGGCUGUGUUUUCUCCCAACGUAGUCCAGGUGUGGGAGGGUCUGCUGACGCUGGCCUUCUUCCCCGUGUGCGUGCUCCUUGCCUGGGUGGCAGACAGACGCCUGCUCUUCUACAAGUUCAUGCACAAGAAGUACCGCACGGACAAACACAGGGGCGUCAUCAUUGAGACGGAGGCGGAGCGCUCCAAGGGAAUCGAGAUGGACGGGAAGAUGGUCAACUCCCACUUCAUGGACGGAGGCGCGGCCAGCAAUCUGAUCGGCUUGAUAGAGAGCAAAGAGGUGGACGAGUCCCGGCGGGACAUGAUCCGCAUCCUGAAGGACCUGAAGCAGAAGCACCCGGAGAAGGAGCUGGACCAGCUGGUGGAGAUGGCCAACUACUACGCGCUCUCGCACCAGCAGAAGAGCCGCGCCUUCUACCGCAUCCAGGCCACGCGCAUGAUGACGGGCGCCGGGAACAUCCUGAAGAAGCACGUUGCCGAGCAGGCCAAGAAGAGCGCCAGCGUGCAGGAGGUCCACGUGGAGGAGCCCGAGGAGUACGUGUCCCGGAUCGCCUUCGAGCCCGCUGUGUACCAGUGCCUUGAGAACUGUGGCGCCGUCAUCCUCACCGUCACCAGGAAAGGCGGCGACGUCAACAAGACCAUCUACGUGGAUUACAAGACGGAGGACGGCUCGGCCAACGCCGGGGCCGACUACGAGUUCACAGAGGGCACGGUGGUGUUCAAGCCGGGGGAGAUGAUCAAGGAAAUGAGCAUCGGCAUCAUAGACGACGACAUCUUCGAGGAGGACGAGCACUUUUUCGUGCGCCUCAGCAACCUGCGGGUCCUGGAGACCGAGGACGAGGUGUUGUCCGCCAACAGCCUCCCGUACCCGAAGGCCAUGCUGGGCUUCCCCACCGUGGCCACCGUGACCAUCCUGGAUGACGACCACUCGGGCAUUUUCACCUUCGAAAGCAACUCGGUGCACGUGAGCGAGAGCAUCGGCAUUAUGGAGGUGAAAGUGCUGAGGACUUCCGGAGCGAGGGGGACGGUCAUUGUGCCUUAUCGGACCUUGGAGGGGCUCGCCAAAGGGGGAGGGGAGGACUUUGAGGACGCCUACGGAGAGCUGGAGUUCAAGAACGACGAGACCUGCAAACUCAUUCACGUGAAAAUUAUUGACGAUGAGGAGUAUGAGAAAAACAAGAACUUCUUCCUGGAGCUGGCCGAGCCUCGCAUGGUAGACAUGAGUCUGCAGAAAGCCCUGUUGUUGGCCGACGACGUGCCUGACAGGAAGCUGACGUCGGACGAGGAGGAGGCCAAGCGGAUCGCGGAGAUGGGGAAGCCGGUGCUGGGGGAGCACGCCAAGCUGGAGGUCAUCAUCGAGGAGUCGUACGAGUUCAAGAGCACGGUGGACAAGCUGAUCAAGAAGACCAACCUGGCCCUGGUGGUGGGGACGAAUUCCUGGAGGGACCAGUUCAUGGAGGCCAUUACAGUCAGCGCAGGAGAUGAGGACGAGGACGACACGGGGGAGGAGCGGCUGCCGUCCUGCUUCGACUACGUCAUGCACUUCCUCACGGUCUUCUGGAAGGUGCUGUUCGCCUGCGUCCCCCCCACCGACUACAUGAACGGCUGGGCCUGCUUCACCAUCUCCAUCGUCAUCAUCGGCGUCCUCACGGCCGUCAUCGGCGACCUGGCGUCCCACUUCGGCUGCACCAUCGGCCUCAAGGACUCGGUCACAGCCGUGGUCUUCGUGGCUCUGGGCACAUCUGUCCCAGACACCUUUGCCAGCAAGGUGGCGGCGGUCCAGGACUCCUACGCGGACGCCUCCAUCGGGAACGUGACCGGCAGCAACGCCGUCAACGUCUUCCUGGGGAUCGGCAUGGCCUGGUCGGUGGCGGCCAUCUACUGGAACAUGAAGGGGAAGCCGUUCGUGGUGGAGGCCGGCUCGCUGGCCUUCUCCGUGACUCUCUUCACCAUCUUCGCCUUCCUGGCCGUCUCGGUGCUGCUGUACCGGCGCCGGGCCCACAUCGGGGGAGAACUGGGCGGGCCCCGGGGUCACAGACUGGCCACGUCGGGCUUCUUCUUCAGCCUCUGGUUCCUUUACAUCCUCUUCUCCAGUCUGGAGGCCUACUGUCAUAUAGAGGGCUUCUAAUGGGGAGAGACUUCAGCGAAGGCGAACGCAAACGUGCAGAGGUGUAAAGUACAACUUCAGAGGUAGGCGUGAAACCUCACUGUGGAGUCUGGGUCAGUGUGUGCUAUGAAAGGACAGGAGAGGCUGUCCCAGACACCCCCCUCCCCACUCCCCCCCUCUCCCUCAACCUCUUCUGUAGGGAUGCUCUGAGGUGUGUGACCGUCCUCUAGUCGCGACAGGCCUGGCUUCAAGGACGGCCAUUCCCAGCCUGUCGCAGAGUGCUGGCAGUCAGGAUGUGGGUCACCGCACGGUCCAGAAGAUGCCGAGGCCGAGAGGUGGUCCUGCGUUGCACUGGAGGCGGCUGCCCUCUCAUAUCGUAGAGAUCUGAGUCAACCAGAAGUCUAUAUUUUUCUCAACAUUUGACGAGGACGAUUUUUUUUUCUAAAAAGUAUUUUGGGGAAAAAAAACAUGCAAAAAAUAAAUAAAACAAAAAAGUAAACAUAUAAAGCGGAAUUAAAGAACUAUUUUCUGAGCUGCGUUAAGGAAUAGCAAAGUAUUCUAUCGUAAACGGAUAUGUUGUUUAUUUGCAUAGUUUCCUAAAGAGAGGUCACACAGAAGAAGAAAAAGAGGACAGUGACAGUUCAAACAGACAAGGAGGACGAGGACGGACCGGUGAACAUGAUCAAACUGCCCUGAACAUUACUUCUGUACUCUACACGUAUCUAUAUAUAAUAUAGUUCCAUAUUUUCUGUAUAUUUUGAAUAUUUGUUUAAGUGUGGUCACCUCCUGCUCCACAACAGAGGAUGGGGCUGGAAGUGGGAGGGAAGGGAUGGGGGGGUCAACUAUAUCCUGGAGCAACGUCCUCACCUUUAUAGGAGUUCUGUAUCUUGCUUAGGUAAAGUAUGACAUUGUAUUUUAUUUAUUUACCAGUAUCUUGGUCUCACUCGACUUUUCACCGUUUUCGAUCGGAAACCUCACAAAAAAAAGGGGGGGGGGGGGUCUGGACGUGUUGCUGCAGACGUACACUCAGAGGUAUUUUUGUACUGUUCCUUCCAUGCACUUUUGCUGUGUAAUUCUACUUAUGGAGACUUCCUCUUGUGCGUGUGCAAAAAGGCGGAUGCUAGAGGAACGAGGCCUUCGCUCUGCCGCCAAGUCAAAGAGGCGCCGGCUCCGUCUUCGCAAGUCGGCCGAGAUCGAGCUUCUGCCUGGACGUAGCGUCCGUGGCGAGCCAAGGGAGCUUCUUCAACCGUGCAUCACUCACAAACCCCGACAUUCUCCCAUCGAGCCAUCCCUCUGACCUUUGACCUGUAAUCUGACCUUUGUAAGUUUGGACACGUGAGCCAGGCACAUUUUUCCCUGACGAUAAGAAAACCCCAUCACACUUCUAAUAAAGUAUUAUUAGAAGCAGAAAUGCAGUUUUUUCACACCCGCCUGCUACAAUUAUAGUUGACUCAUGUACAGUUGUGAUGGUUUCCGUUACAUCUUAGCAAACCCUUGCGUGUUUAUAGAAGAAUUUCACACACAGAGGUUAAGCAUCCAUUGAUUUUUACAGAAUCCAAUUCAAACUGGGCUGAAACUCUCAGUGGUGCUGAGUAUGAUCGGUAGCUGCAGCUCCAAGCAACACGUCUGGCGUCUCAUAGACACUUGACCUGAGUUUAGAGCUGAAGUCUGGUCAGGCUGCGUUGGGAUGGGAGCCCUUAGAAGCUCCGGGCUGAAGCCUGAACGCCGUGCAACCCACGACCGGUGCUUUGUUUUUAAAACGAGACGGGAGGGAAACUCCCGAGAGCUGUGAAAAACGUGUUGAUCGCUUCAUUUGCAAGUGUAUGUCAGUAUAUAAUCAGUCGGUUUAUGGCUAAUUUAAGAAUCACCCAAGAGAUUUACCAAAGAGGUGGGAUGCAACAUCUGCUUUAAAAAGUACAAAACAGUGAAAAACUCAAACCCAGCGACAGUGAGUGGCAGUGACACCGUACGUCCACCAGGGGGUGUUGACCUCCAGUCCCUGUGGUCCUGUCUUCUUCUACUCCUCCUCCUCUUCCUUUGUGGUGGCCAGUGUUGUACACAUGUGUCGUGGCUGCCUCGGAUGCUGUUUACCUGCCCACCUCGCGGCCCCCGACACAUAAACACUCAGUCAGGGGUCGACCGUCCUGUCAGGCCACUCACAACCACAUCAUGUACAUAACUUUCAGCGUACGUUCACACAGACGCGGUGUCGGUGUCCUGGUGUCUUGUGUGUGUUUGUGGGGGGGUGGAAGGUCACAUCGCAACUCACACCUCAUCUACUGGUCGCCUGCAGUUGCUCCAUCUGAGCCGGUUUGGUUUGUUGUAGACUCACGUUGGGAAUGUUUUGGAGUCUGGGGUUCAGCGGGUAUUUUAAAAAUGAAAAAGUGCCAGUGUUAUUUGUAUUGUGUGUGUGUGUGUGUGUGUGUGUGUGUGUGUGUGUGUGUGUGUGUGUGUGUGUGUGUGUGUGUGUGUUGCAGUGGUGAGGCCAGGCUGUUGGUGGCCUUCACCAGAGCACGACUUCAGUUCCUCUUCAAAAUACGUCUUAACUCUUUAAACCUCCAUCUUCCACUUCACCUCCCGAUGCACCUGCUCCUUCCACCAACCCAGUCGCGGGACGGAGCCUGAACUGGCAGCUGAUGUUGUGAGACACUGAGGAAGUUCCACUGAGGUGAAACCUCACAUUUAAUGGAUGGGUGCGUUUUGCUGCAGUGAGAUGUCAGAAUAAAAGAAGAAGAACUGAAAUCAGACAGUUUUGUUAUUUGACUGCAGGAUGAAAACUUUCUGCUCCACAUGCACACACUGGAUUCUGUACCGUAAAUUCUUCUUCUGUUGUUUAAACAUCACUCAGAUAUUGAUCCUGUAAACUGGAUGCGAGUAACUUAUUAUUAUUAAUGUAACUACAUAAAGUUUUAUGUGAUUGUCAGUUUCCUUUUUUCCCAUUGUUUUCUCAUCUUAAUGCAGUUUUGUUGCUCACACAAUCACAAAGGUUUUGAAUUAGAAACCCAAGAAAGUCAAAGUGAAGCUCCUGUCACUUGACAGACACAGAGAUGACACAGUCAGUCAAGUAAAUGUGCUGUGUUAAAUUUGACCAGAUUUACUGUCACUGCAUAAAGUAAUUCAUCAUUUGCACUUCACUAGCAGGAUUGAUUGACUGUCAUUUUGUUUCCUCCCUACACCUCGUUUUCAUCCUCCCGCUCUCUCUUCACCACCUCCACCUCCGUGUAUCUGUUCGUAAAAAAUAUGAUCAAUGUGCAAAGUGGUCGUUUUUGAACGGAAGUGGACUGAACUGACUGACAAGUCUAGUUUUUAUUUAUUUAUUUGUUGUUUGUUUUUGUUUUUUUUGCUCGCCGAUCACAAAGACUGAAGCGUGUUGCAUCCGGGAGUUGUCAUGGCGACGGCAUGACGGCGAAUUAGAACGGGCUAAAGAUGAGAUGGAGAAAUUAGACACACACGCAGAAACUUCCUUCUCAUCACAUUAAUGGAAUAGUAGGAACUUUAUUAAUGUACCCUUUUUACUCCUUGCUGUGAAGUUUUCAUUUCAGGGAGUGAUGCAUGGAAUUGAAUAUUAAGUUGAGUCUUUUGUUAUUUUUAGUUUAUUUUUCUUGUUUGGGGAGGGGAGGGGGAGUCUGUUAUUAAAUAAAGGAGACUAUUUCAAGAAAAGCA